AUGGACCAUCCGGCAGCGGGAGUAUCGGCGGCGACCCUGGAGCCCAGGAAUCCACCAUUCGUCUCCGGCAUUGUUGAAUUCUACUACAAAUCCGAUGACGCCGUAAAGGAGGACUCUGAACUACAAGCCUGGAUAAAUGAGAUCUUCACAGAAGCUUUCUUGAGUAGAGAAUCUUCAGGUGUUCCAUCCGCUUUCGACAACCGAGCUGAGUUGAUCAAGUUUCUUACCAUGGUUAUCUUCAACUGCUCUGCACGGCAUUCGGCAGUCAACAGUGGGCAGUUUGACUUUGCUGCCUGGAUGCCCAACACGCCGGCCACUUUGAGACAGCCUCCACCAACAGUCAAAGGCACGGCCUCCUUGAAAAGCAUCUUAGAGACCUUUCCUGAAGUCAACUCCACCUGUGCCUUAUUGUCCCUGCUGUCCAUCGUCAGCUAUGAGCCAGGAGACCUGAGACCUCUGGGCCACUACCCCGAAGAACAUUUCACCGAGGAGAUGCCCAAAAACCUCAUUUCCGAUUUCCAGAAACACCUGGCGGCCAUAUCCAACGAAAUCGAAGAAAGGAAUCAAGGUUUACCCAUCGGCUACCACUAUCUCAACCCUUCGCUGGUCCAGAACAGCGUCUCCAUUUAACGACGAAGCCACACAACGACGCCGAAGGCAGAUGAUGAUUUGUUACCUUGAAUUUGAUAACGUUUUGACCAUCGGGGAAAAUCUGCUUUUCUGCUAAUAAUAAUAAUAAUAAUAAUAUUAAUAGGGGGAGGAAGAUUAGAGGGUGAGGGAAAUUCGGCUAUUUUUAGGUGGGACCUGCAAGGAGGGAUGGAUGGGUUGGUGGGUGAACUAGAAGAGAUUGCAAGAAAUCCCCAAUUUUUUCUGCUGAAUAAGGGAGGGAAAAGGAUUGUAUCCAUUGAAGAAACGAAUGCUCUUUGACUUCUGGAAACUCAAUCGGAUUGCUUCUCUUUUCUUUUCUUUUUUUCUUCAUGUUUAAUGAUCGCCUGGUAGUUGCAAAGUUUAAAACAUGAGGACUAGAAACGCUCGUUUAAUAAUCAUAAAUAAUGUCAUGAACGCAACAGUAAUUGCAAAGUUUUUAGGUCAUGAGGACCAAACUAGAAACGCUAGUUUAAACUAGUUUAGUCAUCAUAAAUAACAAGAAGCAUCAUGAUCGCCCAGUAGUUGCAAAGUUUAAGACAUGAGGACUAGAAACACUAGUUUAGCAAUCAUAAAUAACCAGAAGCGUCAUGGUCGCCCGGUAGUUGCAAACUUUAAAUCAUGAGGACUAGAAACACGAGUUUAGUAAUCCUAGAUAAAAAGAAGUGUCAUGAUCGCCCGGUAGUUGCAAACUUUAAAUCAUGAGGACUAGAAACACGAGUUUAGUAAUCCUAGAUAACAAGAAGUGUCAUUAUCCACAGUAAAUUAUAUUCCACAUUG